AUGGAUGAGUCGCAGUGGCAGGCCAUCAACGUCAGGUUCUUGAUUUUGUCCUGUGCCAGGGAAGACAGCCUGCACACUUGUAACAUGCAGAUUCCAGUGAAGAUUAAUAUUGCAAGGAGGUUUUGCACCUUGCCCCUCGUGUCGGUCAAAGAAACUACGGUGGGCGUGGCUAAAGGACAAAGAUUGGGAGUGGGCGUGUCUAAAGGACAAAAAUUAGGAGUGGGCGUGUCUGAAGGACAAAGAUUAGGAGUGGGCGUGGCUGAAGGACAAAGAUUAGGAGUGGGCGUGGCUGAAGGACAAAGAUUAGGAGUGGGCGUGGCUAAAGGACAAAGGUUAGGAGUGGGCGUGUCUCAAGGACAAAGAUUAGGAGUGGGCGUGGCUAAAGGACAAAGAUUAGGAGUGGGCGUGUCUGAAGGACAAAGAUUAGGAGUGGGCGUGGCUGAAGGACAAAGAUUAGGAGUGGGCGUGGCUGAAGGACAAAGAUUAGGAGUGGGCGUGUCUGAAGGACAAAGAUUAGGAGUGGGCGUGGCUGAAGGACAAAGAUUAGGAGUGGGCGUGGCUAAAGGACAAAGAUUAGGAGUGGGCGUGUCUAAAGGACAAAGAUUAGGAGUGGGCGUGUCUGAAGGACAAAGAUUAGGAGUGGGCGUGGCUAAAGGACAAAGAUUAGGAGUGGGCGUGGCUAAAGGACAAAGAUUAGGACCGGAUGCCCUUCCUGCCGCCAACAUCCGGCUUUCUUCUGGCUUUGGGACCGGCACAUUCGGUCCGCAGAUUACACGGCCCUCGUAG